UUGGAACACCGUUUUCCAUGAAGCUGAUUAUUACGUUGUAUAACCUAUCAGCGCAAUAAUGUAUUUGCUGAUAACAUUACGAACGGCGCUUUCGAAAAUGACUCGGCAUUAUGUCUUUUUAUGGCGAUGAUAUAAUAAUACGCUCACGCAUGGCGCACACAGUUAUCGAUAAACAGCGAGAUGAAGCGGGUCGUGAUAUUCGGUGCUACUGGAAACACGGGAUUGUGCGUUUUGAGAUCGGCAGUAGAAAAUGGUUUAGAUGUACGAGCUUUUGUAAGAGACACAGCCAAAGUUCCUAAAGACCUUAAAAAUAAGAUUGAAUCAGUUGUUGGAGAUGUUACUGAGGCAGAUCAAGUUGCAAAAGCAAUAGCUGGUAGAGAUGCUGUAGUGGUAGUGCUUGGAACAAGAAAUGAUUUGAGUCCUACUACUGUAUUAUCACACGGUCUGAAGAACAUAGUGGAUGCCAUGAAAACACACAAUGUUGAACUAAUUUCUGUAUGCCUGUCAGCAUUUUUAUUCUACGAGCCUGGAGCAGUGCCUGCGAUAUUUAAAGAUCUGAAUGCAGAUCACAAACGCAUGUUCGAUAUGAUCAAAGCGAGUGAGCUAAAAUGGGUGGCAGUAUUGCCGCCGCAUAUAGCAGAUACACCUAAAUCGAAGUACACUGUCAAAUUCGAUUCCUCGCCGGGCCGUGCAAUCUCCAAAUAUGACUUGGGCGCGUUUCUCAUCGAGUGCCUCGAAAAUCCUGAAUAUCACCAGAAAAUAUGCGGUAUUGCGAGCGCAACAUGAUGAAUUUUCAUUGUACAACAAAUAACAUGAAUUAAAUGUAAAAGAAGUAUCGUUUUAAUGUACGGCUGAGAGAUAACAAAUUAAAGAUAGAAUGAAAUUA